AAAAACUUUCUGUGAAUUUUGCGGCACCGCUUGAUUUCUGGAUUUGACAACCCCCGAUUUCAGUCGACAAUCGAGAGUCAGCCGCCAAGAUGGGUAUCGAUCUCCGCAAGCACCACGAGCGGUCCACUCACCGCAAGGCCCCCAAGAGCGACAAUGUCUACUUGAAGCUCCUGGUCAAGCUUUACCGCUUCCUUGCCCGCCGCACUGACUCUGCCUUCAACAAGGUCGUGCUCCGCCGGUUGUUCAUGUCCCGCAUCAACCGUCCCCCCAUCUCUCUCUCUCGCAUUGCCGCCAACCUCAAGAACGGCAACGAGAAGAAGACCGUCGUUGUUGUCGGUACCGUCACCGAUGACAACCGUCUCCUGACCGUCCCCAAGGUCGCGGUUGCUGCCCUCCGCUUCACCGCCACUGCCCGUGCUCGCAUCGAGGCUGCCGGUGGCCAGGCCAUCACCCUCGACCAGCUCGCCCUUGAGAAGCCCACCGGUGCCAACACCCUCCUUCUCCGUGGCCCCAAGAACGCUCGCGAGGCCGUCAAGCACUUCGGCUUCGGUCCCCACAAGCACAAGAAGCCCUACGUCGCUUCCAAGGGCCGCAAGUUCGAGAAGGCUCGUGGUCGCAGAAGAUCCAAGGGUUUCAAGGUCUAAACGGAGCAAAGAUACCCCUGGCGACAUCCUCUGGUACAAGGCGUGGGGAAUCUUUUGCUGCUCUCUCUUGUACUGCUGGCAAGAAUGGCUAUGCUUGGCUGUUUUUGCUGCGCGUAUUUGGGUUUGCAUGGGGCAAUACUCCGGGCUGCGGCUGGCGUGCAAACAUCAUAGGGCAAAUUCCUUCAGUUCAUGACAAGGAAAUUGAUGACCACCACGUCUUAACCAGAA